GUCGGGAGUAAUGUUUAAUGGGUAGCUUUCCUUUUUAGUGUUUUCGUGGAUUUCUUCUCAAAAAGUUUUCUUUUUGCAUUCCGCAAACCAAAUUAGUAGAAAAAUAUGGAAGUGGAUACACCGAAGGAGUCCACAAAGAUGGAUACAGAUGAACAACCUGAUCAGCAGAAUGUGGAGCAAGAAGGGGAGGAAGAAUUUAAUCGAUUUCAGCAGGGUGGUCGUGGUGGCUUCCGGGGACGCCCGUGGGGUCCUCCUCCUCGCUUUGGUGGCCGUGGAUAUGGGCCACCGGGUGGAAUGAUGCGAGGACGUGGGCAGCCUCCUUUCUAUCGUGGUCGCGGUGGAGGUCCCCCGCCGCGUUUCCAGGGGCCCAACUACGACUGGAAUCCCAUGGGGCAGCCGCCGUACAUGAAUGGGCCACCGGGGAUGAAUCCCCAUAUGCCGUAUGGCGGGCCUCAGGGGAUGCAGGCACCUCCCGUAAUGCAGGAAUUGUGGGUGGAGACAAAGACGGAAGAAGGAAAAUCCUACUACUACCAUGCCGUUAGUCGGGAGACAACGUGGACACGCCCUGAGGGGCCACACAUCAAAAUCAUGACACAAGCUGAAGUUGAGGCAUUGAAUGCUAAAAAUCCAGCUCAGCAGCAGACACAGCAGAUGCAGCAGCAAGCACAGCAGACUCCACAGCAAACGCCGCAACAAGCUGUGCAGCAAACACCUCAAAAUCAGGCAGUAGUUGAGGUACAACCUGCUGCUGAAGGGGUUACUCCACAGAGUGACACCCCGGGAAAUGCAACAGAUCCUUCUGCUGUAGCUACAGUCACGGAAUCCGCGCAAAAUGGGGCAAUUCCGGGAGAAAUAAAAACAGAUCCGGUUGUGGCGCAGGUUCCACAGCAAGCUGUAGUGGCUCAAGCAGCUCCAGUGCAGGCUGCACCGGCUACACAGCAACCUCAACCGCUGAUGCAGUCUUUCAUGAGUGCCCCACCGCCGCAGUAUAACCAACAGGCACCUUUUGCAAUGCCCCCGCCGGGUUUUCAUGGUUUCCCACCCGCACAAUGGGGUGUUCCGCCCAAUAUGCCAUGGGCAAUGCAUCAGGAGCAGCAGGAUAAGAAAAUCAGCGACAUUGAUCCCACCAUUGUGGCCAAGGCGGCCGAAUGGACGGAACACAAGGCACCCGAUGGACGGCCAUACUACUACAAUGCCGCCAAGGGGGAGAGUGUCUGGGAACGCCCUCAGGCUCUUCGUGACUUGGAUGCAGCUCGUAUUGCUGCCCAAACAAAUUCACUGCAUCACCCCCCACUUAUGCAGCAACCUCUCAUACCACCAGCUCAGCAUCAAGUACCCCCGCCGAGUAUGGUGCAGCAAGUGCCGGGAAUUCAGGGAAGUGUUGUAUUUGAUCCACUGGGAUUUGCUGUGAAACCUCAAGGAGAAGGAGUGGUGCAGCAACAGCAGCAGAAGAAGGAUGAUGAAUCGUCUGAAUCGAAGGCAGAGAAGAAGAGAAAAGCCGAAGCGGAAAGGAAGAAGAAGGAGGAAGAGGAAAAGGCAAAAGUUGCAAAGCAGCAGGAUAAAACUAGACCAAUCUCUAGUACACCAAUCAGUGGGACACCGUGGUGUGUAGUUUGGACGGGAGAUGGGAGAGUCUUCUUCUACAAUCCCUCAACAAGGACAUCCGUGUGGGAGCGUCCGGAAGAUCUCCUGGAACGUGCAGAUGUGGAUAAAGCCGUGUCAACGCCUCCCGAGCAACUUGCCAGCAGUGUAUCCAGUGGAGCUGAUAGUGUGGCAGCAGCUAAGGAGGAGACAAAGCAGAAUGCAGCAGAGUCACCGAAGAAGCGUUCGGAAUCGGAUUCAAGUGAUGAAAGUGACGAGACACCAACGAAAAAGGUCAAAAUAGAUGACGAUGUAACCAUCGUGGGGACAAAGAGCAGCGACCGGAAUCGCGGGGACAUUGGCAAGGAAGCAGCCAUGGAGGCAGAGGUGAGAGCUUCACGUGAACGUGCCCUCGUACCACUGGACAUUCGCGUCAAGUCAUUCAAGGAGAUGCUCAAGGAGAAAGAUGUUUCAGCUUUUAGUACAUGGGAAAAGGAAUUACACAAAAUUGUCUUUGAUCCCAGAUAUUUGCUGCUAACGUCCAGGGAGCGUAAGCAAGUCUUCGAGAAGUACGUCAAGGAGCGUGCUGAGGAGGAACGUCGUGAGAAGCGCAACAAAAUGCGGCAGAAGCGUGAAGAUUUUCGUGCUCUCAUGGAAUCGGCCAAUCUGCACGGGAAAUCAUCUUUCACGGACUUUGUGCAGCGAUUUGCAAAGGAUGAUCGUUUCAAGGCAAUCGAGAAAGUGCGAGAGCGCGAAGGACUCUUCAAUGAGUUCAUUGUGGAUCUACGGAAGCGCGAAAAAGAGGAUAAAAUCUUCAAGAAGGAACAGGUGAGAAAGGAAUUUAUUGAGAUGCUAAAAGAUAAUCCCGAAAUUGACAGACACUGUCGAUGGGUGGAUGUGAAGAAGCGCAUUGAGACGGAUGCACGUUAUCGGGCAGUUGAGAGUGGUGUCCUACGGGAGGAUUACUUCCAUGAGUACUGCAGAAUUAUGAAGGAGGAGAAGAAGCGUGCUAAGGAGAAGGAGAAGGAAAAGGACAGGGAGAAGGAGCGUGAGAAGAAAGAGAAGAAAGGAAAACGCGAUAAGAGUAAGGAUCGUGAGAAGGAGAAGGAAAAGGAGAAGAAAAGACGCGACAGUCGCAAGGAUAGCAGCGAUAGGGGGAGAGAGUCAUCGGUGGAUCAGGAGGAGGGUGAACAUCCGCCAACGUCAGAUGAGGAAACAGAUCGACAACAGAAAGAGCGUGAGCGUCAAAUAAGGGCAGAAGCGAGCAUUAAGGAGCGCGAGAAGGAAGUUCAGCGAACACUUGCAACGCAUUUGCGUGAUCGCGACAAGGAGCGUGAGCACCAUAAGCGCGAUGAGGCAAUUCGGCAUUUUACAGCUCUCCUUGCUGAUCUCGUACGGAAUGCUGAUCUCACGUGGAAGGAGGUGAAGAAGCAACUGCGGAAGGAUCAUCGAUGGGAAUUGGUGGAGCAGCUGGAGCGUGAGGAUCGCGAGAGAAUCUUCAAUGAUCACAUUGGGAGCUUGGCGAAGAAGAAGAGAGAUAAAUUCCGUGAGAUGCUCGAUGAAAUGGUACAGUUGGAGCUGACAAGCUCCUGGAAGGAGGUUAAAAGGCUCAUCAAGGAGGAUCCGAGAUACUUAAAAUACAACAGCAGUGAAAAGUGCGAACGGGAAUUCCGUGAGUAUGUACGAGAUAAAACAGUUGAGGCAAAGUCAUCCUUCAGGGAGCUGCUGCAGGAAUGCAAAUUGAUUACCCACAAGAGUUUUGAUACACUCAAAGAUAACCCAAAUCAUCUCAGGGAAAUUGAGGAGAUACUGAAGAAUGACAAGAGAUACCUUGUUUUGGAGCACAUUGCCCAUGAGAGGACACAAAUGAUUUUGCAUCAUCUUGAGGAUCUCAAUAAACGGGGACCGCCACCACCCCCGACUGCUAGUGAAUCAACACGUAGAAAGUAAAUUAACUUACCAUCUCCGAAAUUUAUUGUCUCUAUAAUCUCUCCAUCAUACAAAUAAAAUUUAAUCAUCAA